UGGCGGCGGCUCGACGGUGUUGACCCUGUCAGUUUUAUCCGUCGCGUUCGCCGAGCUCUGCUGCCUGGCUCAGUCCCUAUGAGGAGGCCGCAGCAGCUGGGCGGCCAUGGGCUCGCUGAGCAGCCGGGUGUGGAGGGGGCAGGUGGGAGCCCCGCGCGGAGGGGAGGCAGCGGCGGCGAACGUGGCUGUGAGGGGAGACGGCAGCAGCGGGAGCCGGGGGAGCCGCCGCAGCGGGUCGGCCAAGAGGAAGCGGGGCGGCCCUGGCGAUGGCACGAGCGACAGCGAUAGCGACGGGGAGGGCGAGCGGGAGGAGCGGCUACUUAACACCCCUAGAAGGAAAAAACUAAAAAGUACCUCCAAGUAUAUUUAUCAGACUCUGUUUUUGAAUGGUGAAAACAGUGAUAUUACUAUUUGUGCCCUGGGAGAAGAAUGGAACUUGCACAAGAUAUACUUGUGUCAGUCUGGCUACUUUUCCAGUAUGUUCAGUGGUUCGUGGAAGGAAUCAGGCAUGGAUACAAUAGAACUGGAAAUUCCUGAUCAGAAUAUUGAUGUAGAAGCUUUACAGGUAGCAUUUGGCUCACUUUAUCGAGAUGAAGUGUUAAUAAAUCCCAGCCGAGUGAUUGCCCUCCUGGCUGCUGCCAGCAUGUUGCAAUUGGAUGGCUUAAUUCAGCAGUGUGGUGAGACAAUGAAGGAAACAAUCAAUGUGAAAACUGUGUGCAGUUAUUAUAACUCUGCAGGAACAUAUGGACUAGAUUCUGUUAAGAAAAAGUGCCUUGAAUGGCUAUUGAACAACCUGAUGACACAUCAGAGUGUGGAACUCUUCAAAGAACUCAGCAUAAACCUCAUGAAACAGCUGAUCAGUUCCUCUAAUCUGUUCGUAAUGCAAGUGGAGAUGGAUGUGUAUACAGCUCUCAAGAAGUGGAUGUUCCUUCAGCUAGUGCCUUCUUGGAAUGGAUCACUAAAGCAACUUUUAAAUGAAGCUGACUCCUGGUUCUCAAAGCGCAGAAAAGAUUUAGAGGAUGGCGUAUCAUUCUUAGAGUCUGAACAAGGACGUGCAUUUUUGACAGUGUUCAGACAUUUGAGGCUACAGUACAUAGUCAGUGAUUUGGCAUCUGCAAGAAUUAUCGAGCGAGAUAAUUUGAUACCAACAGAGUGGCUGUCCUCUGUUUACAAACAGCAGUGGUUUGCCAUGCUCAGAGCAGAACAAGACAAUGAUAUUGGGCCUCAGGAAAUCAAUAAAGAAGAACUUGAAGAAAACAGUAUGAGGUGUGGCAGGAAACUCUCCAAGGAUGGUGAUUAUUGUUGGCGAUGGACCGGUUUCAACUUUGGCUUUGAUUUGCUGGUCACAUAUACAAACCGUUACAUCAUCUUCAAGCGCAACACGCUGAAUCAGCCAUGCAGCGGCUCAGUCAGUUUGCAGCCCCGAAGGAACAUUGCUUUCAGGUUGCGUUUGGCUUCUUUUGAUAGCAGUGGAAAACUUAUUUGCAGUAGAACUGCAGGAUAUCAGAUAUUAACCCUUGAAAAAGAUCAGGAACAGGUAGUGAUGAACUUGGACAGCCGAUUGUUGGUCUUUCCUCUGUACAUUUGUUGUAAUUUCCUGUAUACUUCCCCAGAGAAACGAAUGGAGAACGAUGGGUCGCCAGAUAACCUGGAAAACUGAGCAUUAUCUUUGAAACUCAGCACUGUUAAUCCGUUUUCUUGAAUGCUUUAAUUCAUAUGCUGCAUUGGUGCACAGAAGGAAAAGUAAUAAAAAAGCCUUAUGUACUGUAACAGAUGAAAUGCAACUUCUCUGUAUCUAUACAUUCCUAUGCAUUUUUGAAACAUUUACAAUUAAGUAUGGCAACCUUAUGUUUUUAUAAGCAUCUUCAGAGGAGGCUGCACACUUGGAAAUUAGAUUCCCCCCCCUUGCUUAUUACAAACUGAAUUGCAGCUGGCAAAACUGGGCCUGUUUAAAUGUUAAUAGUGCAUUUGUAUAAUCCAUGAUAAACUUAGGUUGCCCUGUUAUUUCUAUUGGACGGUGUCUAGGUUUUGUUCUGGGUGACCUUUGUAUGUUUUAGGGGUCAGUUCUUUCCCUGAUUUAAACUGAUUUUUUUCCUCUGCAUUCAACGUUUGUGCUUUUGGGUGGAGCACACUUUGAGUUUUUUAUUCAUUAAGCGUUUUAGGAUUGUAUUAAGUUGAGUCCUUUUAUGUAAUAUAUGCUUACAUGUAUAUUUUACUUGUUCUCGAGGUAUUUUUUUUUAACAUUGAGUGUAUUUUUAAAGUUUGUUUUGUGGAAUGCACAAGAGAAGAGAUGAAUCUAGCUGUUCCAGUCCUGCAAUUUUAGUGCUACUGCAGAGGCUUCAGUCCACCUACAGUUCUGCGCAGGCACCUGCCUCAGCAGUUGGGGAGUGUUUUUUCACAGGCCAUUAAAGCACAGAUCAUUCCCCAAUCCUGACAUGUGUGAAGAGGUUCCUGCUGGUAGGAUUGCCAGACCCAGAGCAGGUGUUGCCUUUAAGAAUUGCAUCGAAAAGAAUAUUCUGUCCACCACAGCUUAUCUUUUCAUUACAGUUGUGGCAAGAGCCGUGCUUGUGACAUUUUGAAUCAUAUGACACUCUUAAAACGCACAAGAGGCCUCUCAGGUCCUGAGCCUAGAAACAUUUUUUUAACUUCCUUGGAGACAUGUGUUGCAGCAUGAAUGGUGGUUCGAAUGCUUGAGAAGGCUUUAAGAAAUGAUGUUAUCUUUGAUAAACUCUCCAUGGUGUGCCUUGCACCUUCUCAUUCUCUCUCACCUGAGCCUGUCAACAAGUUUCACAUAGAAUUCCAUUGAAGCCAGAAGUGUGCCAAGAGCAAGGUUCUCAAGCAAGAUAGCUUCAUUAAUUCAUGUAGUGCAAGUAAACAUCCUGAUUAUGCUCAGGAACUUGUGACCUUGGAGUGCCUUUUGGGUUAUAUAUGUAUUGGAACAGUAUUCACCUCACUUAAGCUAGGUUGCAGGAUUCAAAAUAAGGAACCAAGACAAUAGAUGUCUUGGGUUGGUAUACAAAAAAGAGUGAUCCAUUAAAGUCAAGUUGUAAACUUUUACGUCCUUUGUAUAUACCCAUUUUUUUUUAAUUUGCUGUUGAAUCUUAUGUUUUUGU